CCCCACCCAGCUGUGAGCACUCUGGAGAAAAACACCCCCUUCCGGUGGGGAGAUUCGGCCUGACAUCAGAUUUGGGUCAAAUGGAUGUGGAUGCGGACAGAUGCGAGCCGCGGUUCUGAUCAAGCUCCGACUCAUUCCACUCUGUCAUCCGCCGGGCGGGGAGGGAGGUUUGCGGAUGCGGGGCCGCUCUCUGGAUGCUGAGAUGACGGGCCGAUUCCGAUUCUGAUGGAGCCCGGAGCGGGACUUGCAGAGACACCACUCCCCGGUAAAGGAGCAACAGGCCAGUUUUGAUCCGGCGUGACAACAGGGGGGGAUCUACUGGUGGGCCGGAGGGUCGACAUGUUCUGAUCGGACAGCCGACAAGCGGCGGCGGCGGCCGGCGGGAUGAGGGCUCCCCGGAGACCGAGGCAGACGCUGCUGCUUCCCCGGCUCUGCAUCGGUGCGGUCGGUCUGCUGGCAGCUGUGUGGCUCUGUCGCUCCACAAACAAUACAGACUCUGGUGUGGGUCAACUCAUCUCUGUAUCAAAAAGAGAGCUGAUCCAGCACGAAGACAACCAGACUGACAGCAAAACCAGAUGUGCCAUCAGCGAGUUUCCAGAGGACAUCUUCAGUCUGGAUCAGAGGAGGGAGGGGGCAGUGCUGCUUCAUGUUCUCUGCGCCAUCUACAUGUUUUAUGCCCUCGCCAUAGUGUGUGACGUUUACUUUGUGCCAUCACUGGAAAAAGUCUCAGAGAACCUUCAGCUCAGUCAGGAUGUUGCCGGGGCAACCUUCAUGGCAGCCGGGAGCUCCGCCCCUGAGCUCUUCACCUCUUUGAUUGGGGUUUUUAUCACAAAAGGAGACGUUGGGGUGGGAACCAUUGUGGGCUCAGCUGUUUUCAACAUCCUGGUCAUCAUCGGGCUCUGCGGCAUCUUCUCUGGACAGCCCAUCGUUCUGAGCUGGUGGCCUCUGUUCCGGGACGCCGUCUUCUACAUUCUCUCCAUAGUGGUGCUCAUUCUGGUGAUUUACGACGAAAGAGUCUUGUGGUGGGAGACCAUCAUCCUGAUCUCCAUGUAUGGGAUCUAUAUAAUCAUCAUGAAGUUCAACAGAUCUCUGUGCUGCCUGGUGGAGAGACACUGCAGCGUGGACGGUCAGCCGUGCAUGAGCAGUCUGCGGCGGGCGACCGCCGUGGGCCACACGGGGGACGCCGAUAAUGACAUGGUGCCGCUGAAGCCAGGUGCUGGAGCUCGCGUUUACUCGUGUGUGGUGGCGGGUCAGGACUCAGUGGCUGGGAUGGCUGAUGAAGGGUCGAACAUGAAACCCCACAAGCUCACGCUGUCAGAGAGGCAGCGGCUGAUUCGUGCUCAGGCGGGCCCAGAGGAGGGAGCCGCUUCAGGGGAGGAGGGGACCAGCUGGGGGAGGGAGAACGGGACGGGGGCUGAGGGGGACGGUCAACAUCCGACGGAGGAGAGAGGGAAGGAGACGGAGGGCGGGAAGGCCGGACCGCAGAAGGAGGAAGAGGAUGAUGAGGGGGUCGUGCAUGAGGAGGAGGAGGAAGAUGAUCCUUUUAAACCCUUUGUCGUCCCAGACGGGUGGUGUUCCAGACUGAAGUGGCUGCUCUCCUGGCCCCUGAGCUUCCUGCUUCACUGCACAGUUCCCAACUGCAGCCAGCCUCCAUGGGAGCGCUGGUACCUGCUCACCUUCUUGUCCUCCACUCUGUGGAUCGCCCUCUUCUCCUACCUCAUGGUCUGGAUGGUGACCAUCAUCAGCUACACUCUUGGAAUCCCAGAGGUCAUCAUGGGAAUCACCUUUCUGGCCGCCGGCACCAGCGUUCCCGACUGCAUGGCUAGUCUGAUUGUUGCUCGCCAAGGGCUCGGUGACAUGGCCGUGUCCAACUCCAUCGGCAGUAACAUCUUCGACGUUCUGCUGGGCCUGGGCUUCCCCUGGGCGCUGAGGACUCUCAUAGUCAGCUAUGGAUCAGUGGUGACCAUCAACAGCAGAGGUCUGGUGUACUCUGUGAUUCUGUUAUUGGCCUCAGUUGCUCUUACUGUUCUGUGUGUCCACCUGAACCGCUGGAGGCUGGACCGCAGGCUGGGCCUCUGUCUCCUGCUGCUCUACACCAUCUUCCUGCUCUGCUCCGUCGGCUUUGAAAAGCUGUAGAGGGCGCUCUCCAACCCCACCUGUCAUGUCGGUCCAUUUCCACCACCACGAAGACGACCUCCGACCUCCAGGGGAUUCAGUUUGCAUUUCACGUGGCUGUACAUGUUUGAGCUUGUUGUGACACUGGAUGUCGGUGUUGUUUACCUUUACUAAAUGAGUAUUUUGCAUAAUUUUAUACUAAAGCACCUUCAACUGAGGUUUUAUGAAAUCAGAAAUAAUUAUUACUAAAUUUUGUGUCUAAAAAAAAAAUCAAAUUUUUGUGCUUAAACCAAGAACUCUAUCAAAAGAGCCUCUAAAGUGUGUUUGUUUACAUGUUGCUACUUUAUAACUGCCAAGCGUAACCUUGAAGAUGAAAAUAUUUAUAAAAAUAUAUGUUUAUAUUAUAGCUUAUCGCUUUGUGCAUCUAUUUAUUUGAAAAUGUCACAGCUGUUUAUGCAGCUUUUUUGUGUUUAGGUGAAAAUGCUGUUGCAUGGCCGAUCAGCACGCUGGUGUGUGUCCUGUCACAGUCUCACCUAGCUCUACACACACACUUUUCUGGAUGUAACAACAAUUGACAUUUUGGAAAUGAGCACGUUUUGACACUGGAUAAUAUUGGCUUAUAAUGGAAUUUAGCCAUUCACAAUAAAAAAAAUCAUACACAUAUUUUUCAGAAAAUGCUGGGGGUUGGCGUAGAUUAUUGAUUUUUAAUACAGAAGCCUGCUGGCCGGUGGAAAUUGGAACAUUUGGCCCAUGAAGUUGGACUUUUGAUUAAUUAUUCUUUUUUUUUUUUUUUUUUUUGGUGGACGUAGGCCCUACUUGGAAAAUAAUUUAACUCCAAAUUGAAAAUAAAAACAAGUUUUAAAGGUUCCCCUGGAGUUUUCAGUUGAAGAUGUUUUGUGUUUUAUCCAAACUAAGCUUUUGUCUUUGGCUUUAAAAGACUAAGAACAGAUGAUUCUUAAUAAAACGGUUUCUGCUUGAAUAAAUGAGGGCCUGCAGAUAUUUAACUUCAACUACAGAAUAAACUUCUCUUUAAAAUCUCCUAAAUAUCUACAUUUGUCUUCAGUUUCCUUGUCUGCAGUGUCGUCCUGCAGUAUUAUUUAAGUGAAAAAAAGAGGAAAGAGAGAAAUUUUAAUGUUGCAAACAUCCAUGUGUGACAUGGAUUGUUGAUUAAAGGUUUAUGAGUUUGAGGAAAAGCUUGUGGAUAAGUUUCCUUAGGUUUUUUUCAUGAAAACUAUUUUACAUAAUAAAAGUUUUUUGAGACACUGUGAAUAAGAAGCAGUUGGAUGUUCUGGAGUUUGAUUGGAAAGGAUAGAAAGUGAUAAUGUAAGUCAAAACUGUGUGUGCUUAUAAAUACAGAUACUCAUAUAAAUAUACUUUUGUAAUCUCUAGAAAUGUCAUGAAUAAAUGUCAUUUUGAAAACUAAAAA